AGGCUUGAAAGGCUGUAUGGCUUCUCUAACUUAGUUAGGUGUAACCUAUCAACAAAUUCUCCGAGACUAGGAGUGAAUUUAGUCUUCGUUAGCCACUGUCGACCAGUCGACGAGUGUAUUUCGAUACUCCAAAAUCGUUCCAAUAAACUUGUGAAAUCCAUUAAACAAAGACUUUUUUCACUCUCAUUUGCAAAUUUAAACUGAAAAUACGAAUAAAAAAAUGAAAGGGGACGGAGCCAUGGAAGAAACGACACCAGAAGUAAAGGGACCAGAAUACGAAAACAAGGAAAACAAAUGUGAAAACUUGACGGGUACUAAGUCAAAAAAAAAGGCUCGAUCAACCCGGAGACGAUUGAAUGCUAUGAUGAAUAACUCCUCGCUCCAUUUCUCAGACACCGAUUCCGAAGGAGAAUUAUCAAUUAUUAAUGCCGUGACAAGAAAUCCGGGUUCCAUUAAACCCCAGAAACCGGAAAUUUUACCACAACCUGCUGUUGCUGUGAUGGUCGAUGGAGUCGAAUGGAAAGAAACGGACCCCUUGCAUCCAGAAAAUAUGUAUUUAACAAAGGAACGACGAAACAGUUUCGCUGAUAAUAUGACUGAUGUUGAUGAAAUUUAUGCAAGUGAUAUCGAAGGUCAAGAGGGAAGGAAAGAGCGAAAUUUCAGUUUGGCUGUGGCUUUCAACCGUAAUCAGGGAGAAACAGACAUUGAAGAUCUCUCAAAUGAUGAGGGCGAGGAACACACUCCGAUUUAUCUGCAACCUCGUUCGGAUAUUUUGACUGACUUUAAUGGAGAAACUAUCACUACCAAGGAAGGAGAUGGACCUUUUUCGAUGGAAGUCAGAAAUAAGAUGAUCGAGCCGAAAUCGGAACAGGUUGAUUCUGGAAUGCCGGAUAUUGUUGUGAUGCCAACUACUGAUAGUGAAGACAUGGAUGCUUCUGAUGAUGACGAUAUGGUUGAUUCUGCAGUUGAGGGCGCUUGCGGACCAAAUGAGGAACUGGAAGCAAUGGAUAAUGUGCUGGCGGCUUCUCAGAUUGUCAUGACGAAUUUGCUUAAUGUUGAAAAUUACAUGACGGACGAUGGAGGAAUUAGUGAUAAUCAUACCGAUGUGGAAGAUCUGGAAUAAUUUGAUUUCGAAUUUAGAUAAGGAUUCGAUAUCUUCAGGUUAAAAGAACCUCUGGCUGGGUGUUGGUCCUGAUGUUACAAUGCUGAUUGCUGAUAGUAAAGAUAUGGAUGUUUCUAAUGUUGAUGAGCCGUUGAUGCUUCCGGACCAAGAGAGGAAUUGGAAGAGAUGGAUCAUGUUCUGGUGGCUUCUCAGAUUGUCAUAAUUAAUUUGAAUAAUGUUUCCAAGGACAUCAAGGACGAUGGAUUAAUUAGUGAUAAUCAUACCGAUGUGGAAGAAUUGGACUAAUUUGAUUUCAAAUUUAGAUCAGGAUUUUUCGAUACAAGUUUGGAAAACCUCUAUCGGGCUGUAGGUCUAAAUGAACAGUUUGGGCUUGGUUGUCUAAACUAACCAUAGUUAUUUUAAAUGACCAUGGUUUGUUUACACCACCAUGGUUAGCUCAAUUGACCAAUUUUCUUUGCUUCUCGAGUUGGCAUCUCGUUUUUAAUACAUACAGUCGUUGGAAUCCUUGACUUCAGGAAGUUUAGGGAAUUAAAGUGAAUUACAAGUAAUUGUAAAUUAUGGUUUCUUGAACAACCGCUGAUCAUUUCAGACCUACACUCCGCGAGAGAUUAUUUUAAAAUGAAGGUAUAGUACUAAAUGAGAGAAACUGAUUCGCGUUUGCUUUGAACGUACUAAGUUAUGGUAUAAUUAAAAAAUACAAAAUUUAAAAAUAAGUGGAAAGUUGUUUAAGAAAGGUGUUGAAUUUUCCUUUUGCACCUUGCAUUAUUAAACUGCACCUUCGAUGUUAGGCUAGAAACCUCUCCAACUAUUAGAAAGAAAAAUGAUCAUUUUGUUUAAAAAAAUAUAAUUUUAACGGCAGAAUACCUUGUCUAAUCAAUAUUGGGCAUCAAAUAUUUAAAUGAGGAAAAGACUAACGAAAUUUAAAACAUUUUAGGCUCUGAUACAUGGGAUAAUUCGAUUCGUCCACAUUGAAAGGAUAUUUCGUUUUGGGAAAAUAAGCGGCUUCACUGAGAUGUACAUUUUUAGUAUCCAUACUUUGAGAUGAAGCCUUAUAAUUUGGACAAGUGAAAUUGUAGCAUAUUUGUCUAGUUCAGUAAUUUUAGUUUUCUUUUUAGAAAGCAAUGUUAUGUCAGGUUACCUUAAUAACUGAAUAUUUUUUAUCAGACAAAAAUUUCGAAAAACACAUUAUUUUUGAAGAAUGCGGAAGAAUAUUGAGAAUCAAAAGGUGUCACAUUAAUGUACAAUAAUUAAUAAUAACAUAUUUUAUGUGCUGUUCCUUGCAGACGCAACUGCCGUCCUCAACGUUAUCAUAGACAGCAAUAUGGGAUAUUGAAUCAAAUCCGUUAACUUUAUAAAGUCUUACAGUGAAAUCGAAACAUUUACUAUUUGUUUAUUGAUGGAUUAUUAUAAUAUCUAAAAUAUAAAAGUUGCGUGCAAAAGUGUUUACCGAGGUUGAAAAGUUAAGGAGUUAAAAUCUUCGCUGAAGCGUGCUUAGAGUUUGAAAAUUGUAAAAAAAUGUAUUGAACUAUUAGUUAUAAUAAAAAAUAAUAUAAGUA